ACCAGCCCUCAGCCAGCCGCGGGGAUUCAGGUGCCCUGCCGGGGAUCGGUCCGUGUCCGUCAGUCUGUCCGUGCGCCCCAGGGCUGCCCGGGGACUCGCCCGCGGACGCGCCCCGGGUCUGGGCCGGGCGAGCUCUGCCCUGCCCGGGGGCUGGUCCCGGUCCCGGUGCGCCGGGGAGGGGGGAGCCGAGCAGCCCCUGCACCGGGGCUUCCCAGGCGGCCGCCGCGGCUGCCCGGCUUGGCGGGGAGGAGCCUUCCGGAGGCACCGGGGAGCCAGUGAGCGUCGCGCUUGCGGCGGCGGCGGCCAGCCCCAGCCCCAGCCAUGGAGGAGCCGGCGCGGCGCAGGGGGGCAGCAGCCCUGCAAAGGCGGCGGCGCCGCUAGCCGGGAGCAGCCGCCCCCCAGCCCCUCCUGCCCGGGCUGCGGCCCGGCGCCCCCCCGGGCUCCUGCAGCGGAUGCAUCGCGGGCGCCGGCCCCCGUGCGCCCCCCGGCUCCCCCCUCGCCGCGCCCGGGCUCUGCGGCUCCAGGGCGUGUGAGCCGCCGCGGCCCCUCCCGGAGCAGGCUCGGGGCCCCGCGCCCCGGCCGGAGGAUGCUCGGCCUCUGAGGGCGGCCCGCUGCCCGCCGCGCCCGGCCGCUCGCCAUGGGCAAGGACCAGGAGCUGAUGCAGGCGGUGAAGGCGGAGGACGUGGGCACGGUGCAGAAGCUGCUGCAGCGGCCCAAGCCGGGCAAAGCCAAGCUCCUCGGGUCGGCAAAGAAAGUCAAUGUCAACUUCCAAGACACUGAUGGGUUCUCGGCCCUGCACCACGCUGCUCUCAAUGGGAACACGGAGCUCAUCUCACUGCUGCUGGAGGCCCAGGCCGCUGUGGACAUCAAGGACAAUAAAGGGAUGCGGCCCCUGCACUACGCUGCCUGGCAAGGCAAGAAGGAGCCCAUGAAAAUGGUGCUGAAAGCCGGGUCGGCCGUGAACGUCCAGUCGGACGAGGGGCAGAUCCCCCUGCACCUGGCGGCGCAGCACGGGCACUAUGACGUGUCGGAGAUGCUGCUGCAGCACCAGUCCAAUCCGUGCAUCAUGGACAAUUGCGGGAAGACGCCCCUGGACUUGGCGUGUGAGUUUGGCCGGGUCGGGGUGGUCCAACUGCUCCUGAGUAGCAACAUGUGCACAGCCCUGCUGGAGCCCAAGCCGGGAGACACCACCGACCCCAACGGUACCAGCCCCCUGCACCUGGCAGCCAAGAACGGGCACAUCGACAUCAUCAGGCUCCUGCUGCAGGCUGGCAUUGACAUCAACCGGCAAACCAAGGCGGGCACGGCCCUGCACGAGGCAGCCCUGUGUGGCAAGACGGACGUGGUGCGCCUCCUGCUGGACAGCGGGAUCAACGCCCACAUCCGGAACACGUACAGCCAGACGGCGCUGGACAUCGUCCACCAGUUCACCGCCACCCAAGCCAGCAAGGAGAUCAAGCAGAUGCUGCGGGACGCCUCGGCGGCGCUGCAGGUCAGGGCCGUUAAAGAUUAUUGCAACAACUACGACCUGACCAGCCUGAACGUGAAAGCCGGGGACGUCAUCACCGUCCUGGAGCAGCAUGCGGACGGCAGGUGGAAGGGCUGUAUCCAUGACAACCGGACCGGCAAUGACCGCGUGGGCUAUUUCCCGUCCAGCCUGGUGGAAGCGAUCAGCAAGCGCACAGCAGGUCCGUGGGGCGCAGUCACCAUUCCCCACCACUACCAAAAGAUCCCGCUCCCUGCGCCCAGGGCGGCUGUGCUUAACGGUGACUCCUCGUCCCAUCCGUUCCAUUUCUUGCCUCCACCUCCACCUCCUCCACCACAUUCCCAUCAGCCUCUUUUCAGUUCCUUUGGCUAUCACAGGCUCUCCCAUAGCACUGCAGAGGAGCUGCCUUAUGGACCAGGUUCCCGAGGGUCCGACAGCCCGUCGCAUCUGUCGCCGUCGCAGGGCGGAUCCGCUGCCACGCCGGCUCCGGUGGAAGAGAUCUGGGUGCUGCGCAAACCCUUUGCAGGUGGGGACCGCAGCAGCCUGGGGAGCACAGGAAGCGUGGCCAGUGCCCGGAGCUCGGGGAGCGGGCAGAGUACGGGAAGUGGCAGCCAUGCCCUGCAUGCUGGCUCCGAAGGGGUCAAGCUGCUGGCGACGGUCCUGUCCCAGAAGGCGUCGGUGCAAGAGUCUGUGGUGGGUGAUGGGCCGGGCAAGGCCCUGGAGGCUCCUGCAGGUUCGUCUCGCACUCAGAGCCUGGCCAGCACGCCCUACGCCGGGCAGCCACCCGCUGAGCAGCAGCUGAAGAAGAUAGAGCCAAUGUCAGAAGGGAAGAGCUCCGAGGCCGUGUACCAAUGGCUUUGCAAGUUCCAGCUGCAACUGUACGCGGCCAACUUCAUCAACGCCGGGUACGACAUCCCCACCAUCAGCCGGAUGACGCCAGAGGACCUCACUGCCAUUGGCGUGACGAAACCCGGACACAGGAAGAAGAUCACCUCGGAGAUCAACAGCUUGAACAUCCCUGAGUGGCUUCCGGAGUACAAGCCGGCCAACCUGGCUCUCUGGCUCUCCAUGAUUGGCCUGGCCCAGUACUACAAAGUCCUGGUGGAGAACGGCUACGAGAACAUCGACUUCAUCACGGACAUCACGUGGGAGGAUCUGCAGGAGAUCGGGAUCACGAAGCUGGGCCACCAGAAGAAGCUGAUGCUGGCGGUGAAGAAGCUGGCAGAAAUCCAGAAGGCCGAGUACGUCAAGUACGAGUCGGGGACCCUGAAGAAGAAAGCGCCCCAGUCUCUGGACGUGCUGGCCAUCGAGUCCCCCCAGCAGGAGAACGCCGAGUGCCAGUCUCCCAAGAUGACCACCUUCCAGGACAGCGAGCUGAGCAACGAACUGCAGGUGGCCCUCACGGGCACGGGCGAGGCACCCGAGGGCCAGGAGAAGCAGGCGAACCAUGUGGCACAUAUCCGGGAUGGAGCAGGCUACCGGGGUCCCUCCUCCAGGCACGUGCAUGAGAACAGCCUGAGCGGCCGGGCCAAGCACAUAAGCAGCUCCCAGGAGCUGCUGGGGGACGGGCCCAAGGGGCCAAGCGCAGCCAUGUCCAAGAGCCAGGAGUACCUGACGGAGGAGGUGAAGGAGGGGCCCCCCAGCAUGCCCAAGGAGGUCAGGCCCAUGCGGCAUGGGCAUACCGUCAAGAGAGCCAGCGUGCCCCCGGUGCCAGGCAAGCCCAGGCAGUCAUUCCCCCCGGCCGGAGGGCGCUUCACCCCACCGCAGACGCCCACCAAGCCGCGGCCGUCCUCGCCCCAGACGCUCAUCGUGCCCCACGCCACGGCCAAGGUCAAGCCCACGCCGCAGCUCCUCCAGCAGGCUGACCGCCCCAUGUCGCCCCGGUCCCUGCCUCAGUCCCCCACCCACAGGGGCUUUGCCUACGUCAUGCCGCAGCCCGUGGAGGGCGAAAGCCUCGCCGGGCACCCACCGGGCCCUGUGGCACAAGGAGUCCCAGUCCUGCCAGUCUCGGUGCCCGUGCUGUGCCUACCGCCGCAGAGCGGGGAGGCAGAGGAGGAGCUGGGCAGGCCGAAGAAGCGCGCGCACAGCCUGAACCGCUACGCCAUGUCCGACAGCGAGCAGGAGCGAGAUGAGCUGCUGGUGCCGGACGCCGGGCCCUACGCCACCGUGCAGCGGCGGGUGGGCAGGAGCCAUUCGGUGCGGGCGCAGUCGGGCGGAGACAAGAAUGUCAACCGCAGCCAGUCUUUCGCCGUCAGGCCCAAGAAGAAGGGGCCGCCCCCGCCGCCCCCCAAGCGCUCCAGCUCUGCCAUCUCCAGCACCAAUAUGGCCGACGACUUCAGCAAGGAGGGGGAAGGGGACGUGCCCGGCGGGGAGGAUGAGGAGGGGCAGGAGAGUUACCGGGAGCAGCGGCGCGCGAGCGACGUGGGGGGCAGCGUGGACACAGGCAGCGCGGGCAGCGUGAAGAGCAUCGCCGCCAUGCUGGAGAUGUCCUCUAUUGGCGGGGGCGCCCGGGCGCUGGCCCUGCAGAAGCCUCACCCAGGAGGAGGCGGGAAAGGACCCGAAGGCUACUACCUGCACCCUGCUGGCGCCAUGCACCUGGCCAGCCCGGAGCAUUCCCGCGUGGCCGCUGUCCUGGCCACUGUGAAGCACAAAGACGCCAUCGGCCUGGACGGGGAGGUGGUGAACCGGCGCAGGACCAUCAGCGGCCCCGUGACCGGCCUCAUCGCGGCCGCCCGCAGGGAGCGCUCCGACAGCAUCAGGUCGGACACGGGCAAGGACGGCGGCCCGGUGGAGCGGCUGCGGGCGGAGCACGGGGGCUCCCCCCAGAACAGCUCGGCCGAGAACAUCCCCUUCGCCGAGGAUGGGAACCUGACCAUCAAGCAGCGGCCCCGGCAGAUGGGGCUGGCCAAGGGCGAGGCAGGGGACGGGCUGUCGCCUGCUCACCGGCACGGGGACCUGGCCAAGGUGGAGGCCAGCGCCACACUCAAGAGGAGGAUCCGGGCCAAACAGAGCCAGCAGGACAGCGUCAAGUUCAUCCUGACCGAGUCGGACACAGUCAAGCGACGGCCCAAGUCCAAAGACAAGGAGCAGGGGCUGGAGCCGGCCCCCCUCUCCGUCUACCAGAACGGCACCGGCACCAUCAAGCGGAGGCCGGCGUCUGAGAUGAGCGGUGCGGAGACACCCCCGCAGGGCCCUGCCGCAGGCGACAGGCGGGACAGGCUGGAGCAUGUGCCGCAGGCUGUGGGCGGGGAGCCCAAAAAGCCCUUCAAGCCGCCGGUCUCUCCCAAGCCCGUGUUAACCCCACAAGCACAGAAGGUCCCUGGGCCGCCCACACCCACUUCCAAAAAGGCACCGAUCCCCAGCCCCGGCAGCCCAGAGGUGAAGCGAGUCCACGGCACCCCACCCCCGGUGUCGCCCAAGCCCCCACCACCCCCGACGGCACCCAAGCCCCCCAAGCCCCACGCCACCAUCCAGUCAGUGAGCGCGGGCUCCACGCCCACACCCUCCCCUGCCAAGCAGCUCACCACCACGAUCAAGCCUUCAAGCACACCGCCUUCACUCUGCUCGAGCCCCGCCAAGCCCUUGUCGCCCAGUGGGCAGCCCCAGCAGGUGCCCGUCAAGCCGCCGCGCUCCUCCAUCGCCGGGCCCUCGACGGAGAGCGCCAGCCCCGAGACAGCACACCAGAAGCUGGAGGAGACCAGCGCCUCGCUGGCGGCUGCCCUGCAGGCCGUGGAGGAGAAGAUCAAGCAGGAAGACGGGCAGGCAGCAGACUCUGCCGCAGAAGCAAAGAGCACAGUCAGCAUUCUGGACGACAUCGGCAGCAUGUUCGACGACCUGGCCGACCAGCUGGACGCCAUGCUGGAAUGAGGCCCGAGGAGAACCCCAGCUAACCUCAGGAUUUACCGUGGGUACAAGGGCACAACGAUCCACCGACUCCCAGCCCCCCUCCCUGCCCCUUGUACAGCCUGCCCCCCCUCGGCGAACAGCCCAUCCUUCGGGGUUUGCACAAAGAAGAAAAGAUUACCUCAGGAUUGUGCUCACACAGCCCGCGGCGCUCGGGGCAGGCUUUUGGCAGGAGUGGGUUUGCAGAAGCAAAAAAACAAAAAGCCCUGUUAUGUUUUUUUUCCUACCGAAGUAGCAAGCAACCGUGGGAUAAAGGCGCCCAUAAUGGCGUCUAAACCCAACUGCCAGGCCGAGAAGGCAGUGGCGUGGGGCUCGUCCCCUGACUCGCCUCUCCAGGCCAAACCCGAAAUCCAGCAAGAACGGUUCUGUUCCAGUUGUGCCGUGUAGCUGAACUUCCACCUUUUUAGUUUGACCCGAUCGUCCUCUUUCUCGCCGGACUCCCAGAUGUGACAGUUCUGUGUGUAGCCAAACGUGGCCCAAUCCGUCUGCUUUCCUCCCCGUUCGGUUUGGGUUAGACUCUCGUUCUGGUGACGCCGUGUUGCUAUCGUUUCUCGACCGAGCACUGCCAUUAUCCCGUGUGCCGCCCUCUGCGUUCCCAUGCCCCCGUCUGCUGAUGUUGGGAGAUGCUAGGAGUGGUGGGCCGAGGCCGCCCGCUGUGGGUGCCAGGGUGGGCGCUUGCCCGCUGGCGUUCGGUUAGCUGCAUGCUUUGUUUUAUUCGGAAGGUGUUUGUUUGUUCUUUCCUGGUGCUGAGAAGCUGUGACCGUGAGACGUUGUUCUGGUGACAAGUCCGGUUUGACCAAUUAGCUCUUUCAUUUUUUAAAAAUUAUUAUUUUUUCUGUGUUCUGGUUAUUUUGGGGGCCGUCUUGCCGGGGGAGCAGCGCUGUGCGCCGGCACCGUGAGAAAGCUUUGUAGGUUUGCAUGCUCGAGACAGUGUUAUGACAAGAAAAGAAAAAUAUAGAAAAUAGCCCCCUCCCUCCCACAUGCCACUCCCUGCAGGGAGCGGCUCCUGGAGGCUGCCCGAGGAGGUGGGGCCCGGGUGGCUUUCACUGCACAGAAAGGGCUGUUGGAAAUCUGAGCACAGCCCCAUCACCUUGCCCCUUUCUCCACUCAGCCACUUGGCUUCCAAAGACUUUGUCCUGGACUUGGACUAUUCAGCCUUUAAUGCCCAUCCUCACCCCGCACCUCUGCUGGAGCGACAGCCAGUCCCAGGCUCGCUGGCCGCUGGGGGCCUGGUUGUGCUCUGUGGAAGCCUGUGGCAGCAGGCUGGGGGCGGUCUCCAUUGAAAGGGAUGCUUGCGUGCGCUCGGCCCCAACGGGUGGUGUCCCCGGAGCAGGGGCUGCGGGGGAUUCGGUGCGAGCUGGGCUGUGGAGGGGGGGAGCAGUGGUGGGGCUCUCAGCCAGGAGGAGCCGGAAAGUUGUGCUGGGGGCGGCGGGCGGGGGAGAGAAUCCUCCGGCAGAUGCUGCGGAGGGCAGGGGCUGGGAGGGAAGGGGCUCUGAUGGCAGGAGCCUAAGGGUUUGUCAGCUCUCUGAGGGCCGUGGGCGCCAGGCUGUGGGUAUUCAGAGCCAGGCCCUACGCAUGCAGGGCUGGGGCAGCAGCAAGCCACGGGCCAGGCUGAUUCCCAGUUCACUGCUCCGUCCCUCACCACUUGUCCCCUCAAAACACUGCCGCAACCACAGCGGCCAAGACCCCCCAGGCCUGCCUGCAGGCCCCAAAGAGCCCAAGCCUCCAGGAGCUGUGCUGCUCAUAGAGGAGUGUUGCCUAGUGAGCGGAGCGCAGGGCUCUCCUCCAUCUGUAGCAAGGUGCUGUGUCAGCCUGGUCACGGGCUGCUGUAGGAGGUGGGGGGGCCUUACUGGGGGAUACGAGAGGGUGGCUCUGUGGGGUCUGUUGGGGGCAGCAGCAGCCAACUCACCGAUGGCAAAGGGAAGCCAGCCUGGGGCGCCCCCGCCUUAGAGACCCGGAGAGCCUGAGCCAGGCCAUGGGGCCCCCAGUGCUCUGCCCAGUGGGUUCUGCCGCGGCACGGCUCUGCUGGCGACCGCCACGGCCAAACCCGGGGGAGCUGCAUGGCGAGGAGGGGGAUGGGGCUGCAGCACCCCUCAUACAAGCACAAUACAGGAGUCCCUAGUGAUGGAUUCCCAAUUGGCCGGCCAGACCUCACUGCUCCUCCUUCCCCCCACCAGCCCAGAGGGCACUGCCCGGGCAGUGCCAAUGCCCCUGGAGCAGAGGGAGCUCAGGGAACAAAUCCCUUUCCUCAUCCCAGUCAGUCCUGCAGGGGGUGCCAGCGGCAUUUCUGUUACGUGGGGCUCACUGGUCCCCCACCCUACACCCCAGCCCUGCCUGCCCUCAGGGAGACCGGCUUGUGUCAGAGCGUGACCUUGGAGAGCCGCAGUAGCUAACCCGUGUCUAACCCCGUAGCACGCGGCCUGGGCAGGUUAGCCUCGGUGUGACAGUUCUUGCACCUUGCAGGUUAAUCCCACUGCCCCAGGCUGUGUUCUGAACCCCUCGCCGUCCGUGGGGAGCCCAGGCCUGGGCGGGAGCCGCUCGCCCUAGAAACGCGCUGCCAGUUUCCCGUCCGGGCCCAUGGGCGUGCCUGACUGGCUCCAGCUAGCCCAGUGUCCCUUCUCAGCGGGGGCCAGUUCCAGAUGCAGCAGAGGCGGGUGGAAGAAGGCCGCAGUGGCAGAUGUAGGAUGAUUCCCCUCCGCUCACAUUAGGCCUCCUCCUGGUCUCUUAGGGCUUGUCUGCAGGGCACCGCCGUGAAUUGUAGAGCUGAAAUGAAUAGGCAGCAGGUUUAAUACAAACAGAAGGAAGUACUUCUUCACAACGCACAGUUAACUUGUGGAACUCGUUGCCAGGGGAUGUGGUGAAGCCAAAGUAUAACUGGCUUCCAAAAAGAAUUAGAUCAGUUCAUAGAGGAUUGGUCCUUCGAUGGCUGGACAGCAGGGGAUGGCUCACUCGAUAAUUGCCCUGUUCUCUUCAUUCCCUCUGAAGCAUCUGGUGCUGGCCACUGCCAGAAGACAGGACACUGGGAUGGAUGGACCAUUGGUCUGACCCAGCGUGGCCGUUAGGUUAUGACGCACUGUGUACCUUUUAGUUUGUGCCAGUGGGUCGACGGGGGGCAAUUAGAGUUCUCAACCAUUCCCACCCCUCUGGCUUGCACCGCCAUGCCAUGGAGACCAGCCCUACCCAUCAGCAUUUGGCUACAGCCCUGAAGCAGCAGCUUGAAUGUCCCUGCCCAUGUGUGUGUGGCCAUUAGUUCUGCUAACUCCGGUUCUGGUGGAUUCCCCCUAGAAUGUCCAGUCCCUUUUCAAGUCUCCAAGGGGCUGGUGAGCCAUGCACUGCGAUGCUGGCCCCAGGGACUGGAGGGGCAUGUCUGAGAAAUCCCAAAUUGUUCAUCGGUUUCUAAAGCCUCAAUGUCCUGCCCCAUUUCUAUAACCUGUCUCCCUCCCCCCCGCCUCUUGCUGUGUCUGAACAAGCAGGGGUGACAACCGGACCAGAACUAGCAACCGUGGAGCUGUUAGUUGGGCUCAAGCAUCAAUGCCUGGGGUUGGCCAGCAGGGACGAGGCCGAGCAGCUGAUGUAUUGUCAGGGCUUUUCCUCCAAACUCUUGCCAGACCAGCAUUUCCCGUCUACAAGGGCUCCAGUUCCGAGGCCGCCCAGCCUGCAGCCUGUACCCAGGUAGGUAGCUGUUACUCGCAGGCCUGGGCCCAUGGAUGUCAGCGGGGCCAUGUGUGAGUGAGGGGGCUGGGAUCGGCUUCCCUGCUUCUUGCAAGUGCCAGUGAUUUCCCCUGCCACAUCCCGAUACGUUUGCUCCUUUGUCAAACCAAUAACCUUGGGGACCCAAAAUUGGGCUAGGGGAAUACAGACCAGCCCAGGGGGUCAGCUCCUUCGCUUCUGGCUUGAGCCUCCUGUCCAAGAGGGUUGUUAGCUCGCUCUGUAUCCCAGUAGGUUUCUUACAUGCGCUGAGCUCAUUGCAGAGGAAAGAGGGCCUUGGCCGAAGCAAGCAGAGCAGAGGAGGACAUGGCUGAGCGAGGCCUGUAGUUAGGACAAUGCCCUACUGCAGUGAAGUGUUAGGAACGCUUCCUAGUUGGGGAACAAAAACGCUUUCUCUGGAGGGUGAUAAAGGAUGAAGAAAUAAUAAGCUAUAUAAAGAAGUAUUAAUUUAUUGGGAAAAAAAGAUUUAAGACAGAUAUUUUCCCCCAGAAAUUAAAAAAAGGAAUAAACUUUAACAAAUAUAUAUUUAAAAUAUUAAAAAUAGUAUCAAUUAUAUAAUAAAAGUUUUUAAAAAAAUCAAGAGAACUGGAUUUUAGCUGGAGAAAAAUCUAUUAGAUUACAAUAAGCUCUAUGUCUUUGUGGCAAGAUCAUAUUAAGAGUAGCACAAGCAUAAGAUACCUUUUAUCUCGUUAGAAGGUCUGUGCAAACAGCUUUCGGUUUGUUUUUCUGUUGGAAUUCAGUGUUCUUCCUUUAUUUGUACACGGUUUAAGAAACUCAAAGGAUGUGCCUUGUUUCAUGAAGGUUUUUGUUAACUCUGAUCUGGAGGUUGUUUUAUUUUUCUUAGGUGUCUUCAGGGUUGUUUUUUCUUUUUUUGUGUGUGAAUGUGUGUGUGUGUGUGUGCGUGCGUAUUCUUGAGAAUACACAGCUGUAUAUUCAUGUAUAAACAGGAUUUGGAGUCUGGUUUAUCGCUUGAAUUCUGAUGAAUGCAUUUUGCUUGUGGUUUCAAAACAACGUGUUGAUGUAAUUUUUUUCUGAGAAGUACAAACUGCUCUCUCUCUCUCUCUCUCUCUCUCUUUUUCUCCCAUUGUGUUUGCUGAUCCAGAUGUGUUUGGCACAACUUUGAAAUUUCUUUAAAAAAAAAAGCCUAGAACUAUCUGUUGUAAAGAAAAAAAAUGUAUCUUAACAAAAUCCAUAAAGUUCUACAUGAUGGAGAUAUACAUAUAUAUAUAUUUUUUAUGAUUAAGUUAUGGAAUCUGUAUUGUAUUCCCAUUCUGUCAAAGCUAUGCAUCUUGGUGCUUUUCCCUGCUCUUCUGUGCUUCGGUUCCACCUAUAUUAUUAUGACUAUUCUGAAUAUUAAAUGGCUCGUGGUGCUUUGAAGACGUUUGCUCCUA